AUGAACAGACUGACAAUUUGGAUACUACUGUAUUUAUAUUAUGCUGUUUGGUUGAUUCUCCCGAUAUUUGAUCUCGAGGGGAAGUAUAUCAUAUUUCCGUUGCCUAGUCGCUACGCAGUUUUCCUACCCAUUUGGCUACUUCUAAUCGGGUUUGCCUCAGUGGGGACAUAUCUGGGUGUUUUAACUAUACGAGCCUCCACAGAGGUCUCUGAGAGUGAAAAGUAA